AUGGCAUCUCCAAAUUUGAGUAGUGCAGGUAGUGCUAGUGCUACUGCUAGUGGUAGUGUGGGAUCUGGGUCUAGAGAAACAACUGAUAUCAAGGCUCCGCUGUGGGAUCAUGUCACCAUUCUAGAUAGGCCUAAAGCUGGUGGAGGAAAUGCUCUUUGGAGAUGCAACUAUUGUCCAUUAGAAAAAAGCAGUAGCUACACUAGAGUUGAAGCUCAUUUGCUGCAGAAAUCAGGGAAGGGGAUUAUCAAAUGUCCGAAGGUUUCAUAUGAAAUGCUGAGUGAGAUGAGGAGGGAAGUGGAAAGGUGCAAGGAGCUGGUGGAAAGAGCAAAGACACGCACCGUUGCUUUGCCUGUAGCUCCUUCUUCAGGCAAUUACAACAAGAAGAACAAGAGGGGACCUGCUUCUACAUUGGAAAAAUCUUGGGCAUUGCAAGACCGUAAGCACUUGGAUGCUUUAAUUGUUAGAGCAAUGUAUUCUGGAGGGGUAUCUUUCAUCUUUCUGAGAACCCCAUAUUUUAAAGAAGCUUUUGCAUUUGCUUGCAGCCGCAAUUUGCAAGGUUACACAAUCCCUGGGUAUAACAGGGCUAGGGAAUCACUCCUGAAGCAAGAAAGAAGGCACAUAGAGCAUCUAUUGGAGAGUACAAAGAGCACAUGGCCAGAGAAAGGGGUCACAAUCUGCAAUGAUGGUUGGUCAGAUCCUCAGAGGAGGCCAAUCAUCAACUUCAUUGCUGUUUCUGAGAAAGCUCCAAUGUUUUUUAGGGCUGACAAUUGUGAAGGAGAAUACAAGUCAAAAGAAUAUAUUGCUGAGAAGUUGAGGACUAUUAUUGAUGAAGUAUGUCGACAAAAUGUGGUACAAAUCAUCACAGAUAAUGCUGCAAACUGCAAAGGUGCGGGUCUUUUAAUUGAAGCUGAAUAUGAUCACAUAUUUUGGACACCUUGUGUAGUGCAUACUCUCAACCUUGCUAUGAAAAAUAUAUGUGAACCCAAAGUGCCAAGGACACCUACUGAUGAGGAUAUGCAUGUUUGGGGACAAGUAAAAUUUAUACACAAUGUUAAAGUUGAGGCUACUAUGAUCAAGAAUUUCAUAAUGAAUCAUGGCAUGCGUCUUUCCAUGUUCGAUGAGUUCAGCCAUUUGAAGUUGCUUUCUAUUGCCGAAACAAGAUUUGCAUCGGUUGUGUAUUACAUUCUUAGGAUCACUACUCCUAUCUAUGAUAUGAUACGCUUUGCGGACACCGACACCCCAUGUCUUCACUUAAUCUAUGAGAUGUGGGAUUCAAUGAUUGAGAAAGUGAAGAAAGAGAUAUAUUUAUAUGAAGGGAAGGAACCAAAUGAGGAGUCAGACCUCUACUCUAUUAUUCAUGAUAUAUUAAUUGCUAGGUGGACAAAAGGCAAUAAUCCACUGCAUUGUUUGACUCAUUCACUCAACCCAAGAUUUUACAGCAACAAGUGGCUUGAAGAAGGUGCUGGCCGACUACCCCCCACAAGGAUAAGGAGAAAUUGGAGCACAUAUAGCUUCAUCCAUAGUGUCAAGAGAAAUGCCUUAACUCCUAAGCGGGCUGAAGAUUUGGUCUUUGUGCACUCAAACCUGAGGCAUUUGUCAAGAAGAACUGAUGCAUACAAGACAGGAGAGACAAGGAUGUGGGAUGUUGGAGGAGAUUCUUUUGAUUCCCUUAGUGGUGUAGGUCUUCUUGAAGUUGCUGACCUCUUCAUUGAUGAGCCGGAGUUAUAG